CGCCGGCGGCGGACCCACCGACGACGCUAAUUACUUUCCAACGAGACUCACGCGGAUUGCGCCUGGUCACGCCGUGCAAUUCGCUUCCGGCAGUCCGCGCGAUCUUCCCGGCUUCUCGCGCGCGUCUUCGUCUUCGCAUCGAUCAUCCGUUAUUUCCGUCUGCAUCGCCGUCACCUAGCUGCCUCUCGUCAUGUCGUCCGCCGAACGAAACACGAAUGUGAGGCAUCGAAAGCUGAGGACUGAAAAUGAAGAGGAACGCGAUAAUGAAUUGGCAUCCUACCAGAAGAAAACCAGCCAACCAGGGAGAAAGUACUUUACCAUGCUGGUAGUGCUUGGUACAUUGUUCCUAGGUUACAUAGCCAUAGCGAAUGACUUAAAACCUAUCAGGAUAGGCAGCAAGGCUAUCGACACCCUAGCAUUUUCAUUUAACUUACAAAAACCAUUCUACGUGGUUGUCAUUGACGCUGGAUCCACCGGUAGCCGUGUGUUAGCGUUCAGUUUUCACGAGUCCAUCCUCAAUGGCAAUUUAGUGUUGGAUAAUGAGCUGUUCAAGGAAAUCAAGCCUGGAUUAAGCUCGUUCGCGGACAAGCCGGAAGACGCCGCGAAAUCUCUGACUGCCCUUCUGAAUGAGGCGAAGAACGUGAUCCCGCAGUCGGAAUGGCCUCGCACGUUGUUGACGAUGAAGGCUACGGCGGGACUGAGAUUAUUGCCGGAACACAAAGCCAACGGCAUUUUAGAGGAGUGCAGAAAGCUUUUCCAAACGUCCGGAUUCCAGAUCGCGAGAAAUUCCAUCUCCAUAAUGGAAGGCACGGACGAGGGGAUCUUCUCUUGGUUUACCGUCAACUUUCUAUUGGAUCGUUUUAACUCGCUCAGUUCUCAAACCACCGUAGCCGCGUUGGAUCUCGGCGGCGGUUCAACGCAGGUCACGUUUCAGCCGAACAGCGUCCAAGCCAAGAAAUUGGAGAAGCACGUUUACUCCAUCAAUGUAUUCAAUCACAACAUGAGUCUGUACACGCACAGUUACUUAGGCAUGGGUCUAAUGGCCGCCAGAAAGGCAAUUUUGACCUUCGAUAUGAAUCUUGAAGACACAAAUCUUAAAGUUCCCAUAGAGAUACAUUCCGAGUGCAUCAAUCCGAUUGUAUCUACCGAGUGGUCUUACCAAGCGCGCAAUUAUAUUGUAAAAGGCCCGAUAAACGGCACGUACAAAUUAGUGAAGACGCAAAACUUUGCUGGCGGCGAUGAGAACAAACCUGUUGUACGCUUUGCGGAAUGCUUGAAGAUAAUCGAGAAAUACGUCGGUACUCUCACAGAAAAGCCAAUAGGCUUGAAGGAUCAUGAAGUAUACGCGUUUUCGUACUACUUCGAACGUGCGACAGAGGUAGCAUUAAUUGAUCCAUUUAUGGGUGGAAUGGUGCAACUAAGUUCGUUUUUGAAGCAAGCCAUGGAGACAUGUGACUACCCAAACACGGAUCAGCCGUUCAUGUGCUUAGAUUUGACAUUUAUUUAUGUUUUGCUAAGAGACGGAUUUGGCUUGGAACCAUCAACUAAGCUACAUCUUUAUAAGAAGAUCAAUGGCCACGAAUUAAGUUGGGCAUUGGGAGCUGCAUUCAAUGUUCUGCAAAAUGGACUUUGACGUUUUAUUGUUAUAUUAUUGUUAAAUAAGUUUUAUUCCAGAUUUGUAUAUUGAAAAGACAAAGGGGAAAAACAUACAAUUAAGGAAAAAAGUUUAUGUAAAAAUAUUAACAAGACUUUUUUUAUGUAUAUACAAAUUUUGAAUUUGGUGAAAUAAUUUAAUAAUUAUCGAAUUUGAUAAUUAA